UACAUAUACGCCCUCCACUCUCCUCUUCCUCUUCUCAUCCAAACACGUUUUGCAUCUUCUCCUCCACCAUUCCUUUGAAAACCGCAAUAACCCACAGAUUCAUCAUCGUCCCCAUCUCCAGGCGAAAGUGAAGGGAUAAUCACUGAAAAGGGUGUGGUUUUUGAGAUGGCUUGUGGCUUAAGCAAGAAGAAGCAGGGCAUAGUGACGAUUCUCGGCGGCGGCGGAUCCGACAGCGACAUUCGGUCGAACAUCUCAGCUGCGUCGCUCCGCCGAACUAUCUCCGCCGACAUGUCGUCCAAGAAAUGGCUUUCCCGGAAUGGGUUUUGUCCGAUGAAGACGAUUUCUUCGUCGGAGGAGCUUCAAGCCUCUGUUGCUGACUCACAGAGCUCAUCCGACGAGGAGUCCGAUGGAGGAGAAAAAGAAUCCAGGUCUGGGUUUGACAUAUGGGCUCAGAUUCAGGAAGAGAAGAAGAACAAGAAGAUCGACGAGGAAAGGCCGGGCCAAUCCGGUGUAUGGAGUUCGAUUCUGUCUCAGAAAUCCGAGCCUAUCAAGAUGUUUCCUCCACCGUACGUCCAUCCUAUCGUGAAGCGUACGUCGAGCUCUCUGAGCGAGAAAAGCCUCGAGAUUUGCACUGAGAGUCUGGGAUCGGAGACGGGUUCCGACGGAUUCUCGUGGUUUCCUUCGCCGGAGACAGGAGAUGCUGCAGACGAGAAGGAAAACAAACAUGAAGAGCCUCCGAAAAUGGUGCUCGGAGUGAAGGAAGAAGAACCGCAGGGCGAUGAACAAGGGACAUGGGUCGCGAAUUGCAACACCAACACGAUGACCAGUUGCAAGAAAACGUGCCCUGUGGGAUCGUUUCCUCCACCGAUCUCAUCGCUUUCGAGCCAAUCCGGUAAGUCCCUGCGCAUGAAAACUCGCCGGAGGAACGGCAGAUUGGUUCUCGAGGCUGUUUCAAUGCCUUCCCAGAACAACUUCUGCGCCAGGCGGCAAGACGGUCGUCUUGUCCUCACUUUCACAGAUCCGAAUGACCAAACCCACCGCAUGAACGAGACAGAAGAAGAAGAGGGAGAAGAGAGAAACUCAGAGAUCCACUGGUUCAACGAAGAAGAAGAAGAGGAAGAGCCACCAAAUGGGCUUGUCAGUGUUCAUAGGUUGGCCCAUAAGCCCAUAGGGAUACCCAACCGAAAUCUGAGAUGGCCCAAUAAAGAUGAGCCCGCCGGUAAAUCUGACGUGUCAACUCCGGCGCUGGCUCAAUCACUGCCGCCGAGGCCGAGGGUUGCUCAGCUAGUUCGGGCGGCGCAACCGCCGUCUACGGUGGACGACACGAUUGGCGCCAAAUGCUUCAACACCUAUGACUACUAUUGGAGGCCCACCAGGCCCAUUAUAGAAAACAAACCAUCAAGCCCAAACACAACGGCCCAAUUUCAAGCUCAAGAUUUAGUUAAGAAGCCGGCAGUCUCCGCCAUCAUCUCCGGCGGCGGCGGCGGAGGGAAUGAUGGUUGGUUAACUGGUUGCAAGGACCAAAGGAGGUCUCUUCUAUUCUUCGAGACUUUUUGCAUCGCCACUUAAGAACUGAAUAAAUAAUUCCCACCCAAAAGACAUAAGCAUAUGAUAUAUAUGCGUAUAUAUACCCACAUAUAUAUUAUAUCGACCCCAAUAAUUACUGUUGAUGAUGUUUUUUCCCCUUUUUUUUCCCUCCUUGGUUUUUACCACUUGCCUCUCUUUGAGCUUGUGGGGUGAAAAAAAGAAUUGUAGAAAAUAAAAGGAGGGAAAUAGAGAGGGUAACUCUGUGUUUUUAUGAGGUUUGAGACCUCAUUGAAGUAUCUAAUAUCAUUUGAGUGUUGUGUUUGUACAA